CCCCACAGCAACCUCCUCCUGCUACUCCCAAACCACGAUGGGCACCAGCCUGGGGGGGCUUUGCCUGUUGGGAGUCCUGACGGCAACUUGUAUGGCUGUGCAGUUUGUUCCUGCAAAGACCUACGAGGACUGGUGGGCAUACAAGGAGACACUUCACGGUAGCUUCGUUCCAGGUCCUCCAUUCUGGGGUCUUGUGAAUUCGGCUUGGAGCCUCUGCGCCAUUGGCAAGCGCCAGUCGCCCGUGGAUGUCAACACAAGCCAAAUGGUGUUUGAUCCUUUCCUCCCUCCACUUCGACUAAGCACGGGCGGGAAAAAGAUCAGUGGCACCAUGUACAACACGGGACGGCAUGUCUCCUUCCGCCCAGACCCACUGCAGCUGGUUAACGUUUCUGGAGGGCCUCUGCUGUACAGUCACCGCCUCCAGGAGCUACGCCUGCACUUUGGCAGCGAAGAUGGGUUUGGCUCCGAGCAUCGGAUAGACGGCGAGAGCUUCUCUGCCGAGGUGCAGCUGAUCCACUACAACCAAGAGCUCUACCCCAAUAUCUCAGAGGCGUCGCGCAAUCCCAAUGGUUUGGCUGUCAUUUCGAUCUUUGCUGAUAUUGGACCAAGCCCCAACCCAUUCCUAACCAGGCUGUUAAACAGAGAGACCAUCACCCGCAUCUCGUAUAAGAAUGAUGCUUAUCUUCUACAUGACCUGAGUCUGGAAGAUCUCUACCCAGAGACUUUUGGCUUCAUUACUUACCAAGGAUCCAUGUCAACCCCUCCGUGCUACGAAACAGCCACUUGGAUCCUUAUUGACCGACCCAUCAACAUGACCUCUGUACAAAUACACUCCCUUCGUCUUCUCAGCCAGAACCUCCCUUCCCAAAUUUUCCGGAGCAUGAGUGACAAUUCGAGACCCCUCCAGCCCCUCCUCCAUCGAAGCCUUCGGGGCAACCGGGACCCACGGCGCCCCACUCGACGUUGCAAGGGGGGCAACUACAGGCUCCAUGUGGAUGGUACACGUCCUCCGAAAACUGUCAUGUAGCUGAGAUGCGCUGCAGCCAGUUGAAUGUUUGAGGGUGGCUGUGGCUCCUUCAGAAUUUGAUGUCUAACUGAGGAAGUUGUAACCUCCCACUUCUGGGUGACCAGACUGCCUUCCACCAUGCGAAAGGGCAAUAACAGGAUGCCUGUGAACAACAACAGAAUGUAUGCCUCAGGGGUGUUUGGGACACACAUGCACACCCACACAAUGCGGCUUCCAGAGGUUUCUAAAAAUGAGGCCCCGGCUAUUUAUCAACAGAACAUGGCGUACACAAUUGAACAGCCAUAUCUUAAAAGGGAUUGGGCCUUUCCCAGAUGCCUGAGGACUAGAAUCUUGUCCUCUGACAUUGCCUCCCUGCUUAUUCCCAAAAGCAUUUGGCUUUUUGUUCAAACACACUCAAAAUCUCCGUGAAUCCAAAACAUGAGGGAGAGAGAAUGUAACCCAAAUUUGGGGCAGCACAGCCAAACUGCAUUGGGCAGACAGCUGUUCCCCUGCAAACAGCUCAGAAUGUCUGGUUGGGCAUAUAAAUGUUGGAGACUAUCCCCCAUAAUGUAUGAGAACACUCCCAAGAUAUCUGAGGGACAUUCUGUGAGCUUCAGGAGCCACCGGCCACAAAAACCCAAACAGGGUGGUUUCCUUCUAUAUUAAUGUUCUGAACCUGAGGAAGUCGGGGGGUGGGACAGCAUAACACAAACGAUACACAGGGACAACCUCACAAAUCCUGAGAUUCUUUCAAUAUUUGGGGCAGAGACAUACACAUGAAACUCCACCCCACUUUCUGUGCCAAUGUGAGGAAAUCUGGGGUGGAAAAUACAAACGAGAGCCCCCUCCCAAAUCCUCAGUAUAUCUUGGGAUGUUUAAGAGAACAGAAAACACACACCAACGCGACCAUCGUUUCCGAAUGGCCUUCAAUAACCUUAGCUGGGGAGCAGGGAGAGGGGAGAAUUUUGUUGCCAAAAGAAUACACCUUUUGAAUACAGAUUAAUAUUAUUAAUUAAAGAACAAUUUUCAAAACAA